AUGGUUCUCGGAAUCGUCAACAUUAUCAUGAUGUCAACCAUGAUCCCAACCAUGAUACCAGGCAUAGUGGGGCUUACGGAGGAUGACAAGCACAAUCGAAGAGAUGACCACGACCUGAAACGCGAGGAUGAGAAACGCAGGCAGGCAGAUGAUCGGACACAGCCGGCCAAUCUGCAAGUCGUAACGAAGUUCCCGGAUGGCUCAAUAACGGAACGACUCCAGCUUGAGGGUGCCAAAGUUUAUGUGGAUCCAAAUAGGAAAUUGUAUAUUACAAAACAUCCAAGCCCAGAGAUGGUUCUAUUCAAGGGUGGGUUCUACCCACACCCUGCGUUUGGGCGAGGGAAUACAUCAGGAUUCGUCUGCGUCGGUGCUGAAUGCCCACCCAGUCUGCGAUGGGUAUAUUGCGAUGCAGCGACCUCUGAGAUGCGGUACGGCAGCCGGGAAGAUAGCGAGGGUCAGAUAUGCGGGCCUUGGGAUGCUGCACAAGAUGAACAGGAAUACGUGACACUACGAGACAACCAGUGGCUGGCUGUGCAGUUGCCCAAUAGUGAAGCACACCAAGCAUGGCAACUCUACUACAAUGGCAAAGACAGCAGUGCAACCUUGCCAGCUGGAGCAAGAUUUAUGGAAGUCCAACUGAAACGGCUUCCAGUGACAUAG